CUCACUCAGCGGAUCCUGACCUACUAUUCCCAAUCCUCGUUGACUAUUUCCAGAUAUUUGGGAAUAUCAUAAACGGUCGUGUUAUCCGCCCGCUUGUAUAUUUUGUACAAAACUAUGAACUACCACAACAACAAAAUUGCGGAACGAAGUAACUUGUUGAGCAACGAGCGAGGUGUGUCUCUGGUUUAUGUGUCUGGCUCGUCGUGUUGGCCGAUGUUCCAUUUCACCAUACGUUUACGCACACACGGUCGUGCUUCUAAAUGCAGUGUGCGUCGAUUAGGCUUAUAUCUAGAUCUAGUUGAGGCUUAGAGCUGCCCUCGUUGUGUAUGGAUUAAGUUCCAGCGCUGCGACUGCGAAUAGUGGGCUUACUGAGCCUAUGCUAUUUAACUUUUUAAGUCUAAGUGACAGUAAGUGCUAAAAGUGGCUGGAAAGCUAAAAAAGUGAAAGCCAGGAUUCCUCCCUGAGUUUGAGCUGGCCAACUUGAUACCGUAGAAGCCGACUGAUGUUCCUUUCUUGUGACUUCUGAGAGAGCUGAGAAACUGAUGCUGCUGAUGUUUUCAAGAAGUUCCAAAAGUGGUCCCCAUUAUUGCGGUCGGUGAACUCUGACAUCAAGGCAGGCAUGAGGAACUCUUCGUCUUUAGAGAGGCGACUCAACAGACACGCACCCGUCAUUUUGGUGGGUGGACUUUUCUUCACGCUCAGCGCUCUGUUCUUUCUCACCAUGUGCAACAUGCCUUGUGAAGACAAACUCUAUGGCUUGGACGCUGAUGUCUUAAAAGCUGCCAAAAGUAAAGCCUUUUGGAAAGAGCAUUUCUUGUCCCCUCACAGAGAUUUGAAAGCCAAGCUAGUCAUUCUUGUUCUCACGGGGCCAGAAAAUUUUCAGGAGCGGGAUGGGAUCCGGGAAACGUGGAUGAGUGAUUUGUCGUCGUUGAGCGUUUUAAUUCGUUUUGUGAUAGGAAGUGCUUCUCUAAGUGUGAACACCAGGCAAAAAAUUGACAGAGAGCAACUCGUUCACGAAGAUUUGCUUAUUCUGAAUAAUGUCCAGGAUUCUUACCAGGGUCUAACUUUCAAAGUUCUGCAAGCUUUUGUAUGGCUCGACCAAAAUGUGGAUUUUCAGUAUGUUUUAAAAGUGGAUGACGACAGUUUUGUUCGAGUGUCGAAUGUUUUGGCGGAGCUACAACACAAACCCAAAGACAGAUUGUACUGGGGUUUUUUUGACGGCCGGGCUCGUGUGAAGACAUCGGGCAAGUGGAAAGAGACAGAUUGGAAUCUCUGCGAUCGUUAUUUGCCCUAUGCCCGCGGAGGUGGAUACGUCUUAUCCAGCGACUUGGUACAUUUUAUCGCUAGCAACCAAGAGUUCUUCCAACUCUAUCUCAGCGAAGACGUUUCCGUCGGGGCUUGGCUUGCCCCACUAAAAAUAAACCGCCAUCAUGACCAGAACUUUGACACGGAGUAUAUUUCCCGUGGUUGCCUCAACUCUUACCUAGUCACCCAUAAACAGACGGUUCUCAAGCUCAGGGAGCUGCACACCAACCUGCGGUCUUUGGGCCAUCUGUGUAAGUCGGAGGUCGUCGAGAGAGCGUCAUAUGAGUACGAUUGGAGUUUUCCCCCCUCAAAAUGUUGCCAGAGACCAGAGGGGAAACCUAUGGGAAAACUGGCAGCUAAACCAGUGCUCUCUAACGCUGUCAGACCUCCUCCCAGAUAGCAAAUACUUCAAUCAUACUCACAAUUAUUUCAUGCUUUAAUAUUGGUCUUGUUUUCUUUUCCCGUUGGAUUCCAGUGAACUUUUGACAAUUGCCAUAAAUGUCUAAUAAGAAAAUAGAUUUACAUUUUCAUGUACUA